CUAUUGUAUUCAUAUUUUUCUGUGUUUUUUUCUUACAACAAGAAUUUAAUAUUUGUAUUGCUCUUCAAACCGUAGAGAUAAUAAAACGAAUUGUGUUAUUCUGUCGGUUUGUGUUUUAUUUUCGUAGACGUGUCAUUUUGCACUUGUCCAUUUGUAAACAAGUCGUGAUCAUGUCACUUUCAUGGGAUCCGUCGAAAAACCACAGUGAUAGAGAGAGGUGGAUCUGCAUUUACCCCUUAUACUUGAACAGUAAAAAGACAAGAGGAGAAGGUCGAAAGUUACCAAAGGAUAAAUGUGUCGAAAAUCCAACGCACCAAGAAAUCAGGGACGUUUUGCUUUCAGCGGGUUUAAAAGUUGGAGUUGAAAACAAGCUCCAUCCAAGAGAACGAAGCAAGGAAUUAUUAUACCGAGGCCGAAUCAGAGUGCAAUUAAAAAAUGAUGAUGGCACUCCAGUUAAUCCAGAUUUUCCAUCACGGGACUCUGUUCUACUUCAUGUAGGUACAUUAAUUCCCAAGCUGAAGACUCGACAAAGCAAACAAUCCUCUGGUGAACAAUCUUCACAACAAGCUUCUGCUUCAAAGAAAGGAAAAGGCAAGGGGCGAAGGUAAUCUGUUUCGAAGAAGAGUCCCUUACAUUUUAUAUUUAAGUAAAGGUAUUGCUGUACAUUUUUCGAUCAUGCAAUUUAUUUCGAAAGAGAAUACUUGCAAAUUUUUCUUGUCAAAUUUGGUAGCUCAGUAUUUGUCAUAAGUUUCAUGUCUAAUGGAAAUAAAAGUUUGUAGUGCGUUGAACAGA